AUGAUUGUGUGGGUCCAAUUUCCGGCGCUCAAAGUUCACUUCUAUCACAAAGAGGUGCUGACAACCUUGGGGAAUUUGAUUGGCCGAACAAUCAAACUGGAUUUUCAUACCUUGAAUCAACAACGAGCCAGGUUCGCUAGGAUUGCUGUUGAAGUGGACCUCUCCAAGCCCCUGGUGCCUCGGAUUUAUCUCGAUGACAAAUGGCAAAAAGUAGAAUAUGAGAACAUCCCAGCCGUUUGCUUCGAGUGUGGUAGAAUCGGCCAUUCUACGGCGACAUGCCCAAAGGUCUUAUCUUCAGAAUCGGCCGGGGUCAUGAUCGUUGCCGAUCUGAGAUCCCCGGUGAACAGUCAAUCGUCGUCUCCGGAGCCACAAGCGGGAUUCGGGCCGUGGAUGUUGGUAUAA